AAGGGCGUCUGGGCAGGGAAAAAAACCCCGAGUGACCACAAGCGCGGAGGGUUAGUCCGUCAGCUGCCUUCAUGCCUGCCAACUGAGCUCCGUCCGGGGGGCCGCUGCUCUUCCCCAGCGCCGGCGUGGAUUUACCGCCCGUGGCGGGGGCCGAGCUGUUCUGUUCGCGGCACCGCGCACCUGGUCCGGACGCUGGACGCCAUGUUGUGGAAACUAGCAGAUAAUGUCAAGUACGAAGAGGACUGCGAGGACCGGCACGAUGGCAGCAGCAACGGGAACCCGCGGCUGCCGCACCUCUCCGCCGUCAGCCAGCACCUGUACAGCCCGGCCCCGCCGCUCUCGCACUCGGGCGCCUCCGACUUCCAGCCCCCCUACUUCCCCCCCCCGUACCAGCCGCUGCCUUACUCCCAGUCCAGCGACCCCUACUCGCACCUCGGGGACCCCUUCUCCAUCAACCCGCUGCACCAGCCGCCGCCGCCGCCGCCCAGCCAGCAGCAGAGCGCUUGGCCGAACCGGCAGAGCCAGGAGCCGGCGGGGCUGGCCCCGCACGGCCGCCCCGGGCUGGUGCCGCACCUCUCGGCGCUGGAGAGCGGCUCUGCCGGCAGCCGCCGGGAGACUUUCCGGCGCUCCGAGCUGCUGCUGCCCCACGGGCACGGGCUGGACGCCUCGGCGCUGGCCGAUAACCUGGGCCUGCACGACAUGGCGCACCAGAUGGAGGAGGUGCAGAAUGUGGAAGAUCAACACUUACUAAUGCAUGACCAGACAGUCAUUAGAAAAGGUCCCAUCUCCCUAACGAAGAACAGCGCUCUGAGCCUGCCCUGCCAGAAGGAUGGGUUAAUCGGGGUGGUGAUCAACCCCAACGAGGUGUUCUGCUCCGUGCCGGGGAGGCUGUCCCUGCUCAGCUCCACGUCCAAGUACAAAGUGACAGUGGCAGAGGUGCAGAGGCGGCUCUCGCCCCCGGAGUGUCUCAAUGCCUCCCUGCUAGGAGGAGUCCUGCGAAGAGCCAAAUCUAAAAAUGGUGGCAGAUCAUUAAGGGAAAAACUGGAUAAAAUUGGCUUGAAUCUUCCUGCUGGCAGAAGGAAAGCUGCAAAUGUGACACUAUUGACAUCUUUGGUGGAAGGUGAAGCUGUGCAUCUUGCUCGUGACUUUGGCUACGUGUGUGAGACAGAAUUUCCUUCCAAAGCAGUGGCUGAAUAUUUAACCAGACCACACAUGGGCCGCAACGAGAUGGCAAACAGGAAGAACAUGCUGCUUGCUGCAAAGCAGAUCUGUAAGGAAUUCACAGACCUCCUGACUCAGGACAGAACUCCCCUUGGAAACACGAGGCCCAGCCCCAUCUUGGACCCUGGCAUCCAGGGCUGUUUGACUCAUUUCAGCCUGAUCACACAUGGCUUUGGGAGCGCUGCCAUCUGUGCUGCCAUGACAUCCGUGCAGAACUACCUAAACGAGGCGUUAAAAAUAGCAGACAAAUCCUACAUGAACGCUGGCGACCAGAGCCCCGCAGAGACCAACAAAACCAUUGACAAAAUGGACAAGCACAGGAAGUGAAAGGAAAACCAGACUUUGCCCUUCCUCCUACACAGACUCUGAUCUUCUUGCCAGGGGGAACGUAGAGAUUUGGGUGGUUUUCUUUUUUUCUUUUUUUUUUUUUUUUUUUUUUAAGAAACGAGGGGAAAAAGGGGAGAAAAAUAAAAUCAUUCAGGAUCUUCACUCCUGCUGGAUCCGUGAGACAAGUGAUGCUAAAAGCUGCAGUGUCCCUGUGGUGUGGAGCAGUUACCUGCAGAUAAGUACUCGGGACACGUGUGCUGAGUCCUGGGCUGUUACAGUGGUGCUAUAAGGGGGGGGUUGAUGGAAUUAUCCAGAGAUUUAUUUAGAUUCCUUUUCCACAUCUCAGUAUCUGUGGGUGACCAGCUUCAUGUGCAGUUUUUAAGAGACAGAUUUUAGAUGGAAGCCUGUUGUGCUCUCUGAUACAAUUUCAGGGGUUCAUUCUCUCGAAAUGCAACAGUAACAACAAAUCAGUAUUAAGCAAUGGUAUAGAGAUUUAUGUACAUUAAAAUUUUUUUAUAAACACCUGAAAAUAGUAAGGUUAUUCUGUGGGGUUGUUUUUUUAAAUCUGUUUUGUUUCUUUCCUUUUUUUUUUUUUUUUGUUCUCUUUUACUUUUUUUUCUUUAUUUUCAGAUUAACAUAGAGUACUAAAAUCCUACUAGACUUCAGAUGGCAUUUGACAUGCUAAUUUUUUACAGAAAUAUUCAGGCUUUUAAAAACUGCAGCAAUGUUGGCUGCAGUUUAUAUUAUCUUGGUAUUUUUUUAACAAGGAUCAGUUCAAAAUGAAAAUACUUUUAGAAAAUUCACUUUCUGUGUCUAAGGAUAUUGCAGCUUUAUUCACAUAUUUAUAUUGUCUUGUUUUUAAAUUUGGGGGGGAAAACUUGAAAGAAUAGGCACAUAACUUUUUUUUUAAAAACUUUUUUUUUUGCCUACUAAGGCCAAAAAAUACUUCCAGGGAGGCUUUAUGUGUAUUAAGGGAAGCAAGUGUGUUGAAUGUAAAUAUUUAUUUAUGUGUAAUUUAAUCGGAUUUGUAAAUAAUGGUGAACUUUUUAAUACUUUUUUUUAUAAAUGGGUUUCAAAUUUUAAUUUUGGUAAGUAUUUCAAAGGUAAUGGGUAAGCUAAACAUAUCUUUAGGUUUAUGCACAGGUAUGUUAUACAGGGUAUUUAAGACUUUUUUUUUUUUUUUUAAUCUCGAUUCUUGCCACUGAAGAUUAGAUUUAAUCUGAGGUGUUGGUUCACAAAGCAAUAAUUUUGUGCAUCAUUCACCUGGUAACUGAGUAGACAUGCAAAAAAAAACCGAGUGUGUGAGUUAGUGUGUAUGUGAGUGAUGGAGGUUCUGAGCUAUCUUCACAUAUUUGUAAAUGUUCCCACUAUAAUUCUGAUGUAUAUGAUAACCAUAUAAUAAAAGUAUUCUGGCUAGAA